GUAAACCAUGAGUAAACCGACGUACAGUGGUGCAAAAAUGGCAGCGCCCAUGUUGGAAGAAGGCUUGGUGAAUUCAGACGAUUAUUAUGCUAUUUUGAACUCAAGGAAAGAGGCCACCAGUGAUGAGUUGAGGGCUGCCUAUCGUCGAAUGUGUGUUCUGUAUCAUCCAGACAAACACAUCAAUGAGACGGAUAAAACAGCUGCCGAGGCAAUCUUCAACAAGGUCCAGAAAGCUUACCAGGUCCUCAAUGACCCCAGUAAGAGAGCUAUCUAUGAUGUGUACGGAGAGAAAGGCUUGGAAGCAGAGUGGGACGUCGUUCCCAGGAGGAGGACACCUCAAGAAAUUCGAGAGGAGUACGAGCGGCUGGCGAAGGAGAGAGAGGAACGUCGUUUACAGCAGAGCACCAACCCUAGGGGGGCAAUCACAGUUGGAAUUGAUGCAACUGACCUCUUUGAUGUCUAUGAAGACUACGAUAUGGAAUUUAGUGGCAUCCCCUCUAUAGAAAUCAAAAACAUGUCCAUCACCCAGUCAAUCGAUGCCCCAUUGACGUCCUCGGACACUGCAGUGCUGUCUGGCAACCUAUCUACUCAGAACGGUAACGGCAGUGGUAACUUCAAUAUUUCAUAUCGUCGGAUCUUCUCCUAUCAGUCCUGGGGUGAGUUCCAAGUCUCAGCAGGGGGUGGGCCCAGUCUUGCCCUGAAGAUGUUCCGAAACCUCAACAAGAGAAGUUUUGCCACCUGUACAGGGUCCUUCCGUCUACUGUCUGGAGGUAUUGUUGCCCCAGGCCUAGCCACAGUGGCCGGUCGUCAGUUGGACAAACACACGAUGGGUUACCUGACGUGGCGCUGGGGUAUGGCGUCCUCCAUGACAACCAUGGUCGUCCGGGAUACACAGUCCACUCAUGCCAUGUGCCAAGUACAGCUGGGGAUCCCCAAUUCUUUCAUUAGUGUCAGCUUCACCAAGAAAUUUCCAGAGCACGAUGGGAAGAUCACGGUAGCUGCAAAAGCUGGGCUUCUCGGCUCAGUCUUUGAGUAUGGGUGCGACAAGAAGAUAUCCAGGCACAGCAGACUAGCUGCCAAGAUCAGCAUUGGUAUCCCAGCUGGGGUCAUUCUGAGAGUAAGGUUAGCCCGUGGCAGCCAAACGUUCCUGUUUCCUAUACAUUUGUCACAUGAACUCUCACCCCAGGCUGUGUUCUACGGCACCGUGGCUCCCCUUCUUGCGUAUUGGUUCAUCAAGGUCCUGGUGGUGGAUCCAUUCUUGAACCAGCAAAAAACAGAUGAUGCAGCCAAGGAACGUGAAGCUAAACAAACCAUGAUGGAAAUGAGAAAACAGGAGGCACAGGCUGAGUUGCACCUCAUGCAAGAGAUGGUCCAACGCAUCGUCGAGGUGGAGCGUAACCGGGAGGGACUGAUCAUCACCCGGGCCUGGUACGGCAAGCUGGUCAUCCGGGAAACAUCAGAGGACAACGGAGAGGAGGGAUUUGGCGGAGCAUUAGAUGGGGCAGUGGGCGGAGAGAUUGAAGGCAUGAUUGAUGUCACAGUGCAGCUUCAAUGCCAGGUCAAAGACUCCAAGCUGAUACUCACCGACGCUUCCAAGGCUUCUCUUCCAGGAUUUUAUGAUCCUUGCUUGGGUGAAGAGAAAAACCUACGGGUCCAAUACGAGUUCCACAGUGAACUUCACGAAUGUACCGUAGCAGACAGUGAACCCCUCCGAAUACCCAAAAGAUCACAUCAUGUUAAUCCCAGCUGAGACACGAAGUCAACCUAGCUCAAUCCCCUGCAAACUUCCAGUCAACAUCACCACAUUAUCACCCCUACGGACCCUCGUCUAAACUACUGCGAGCCAUCGAUAGUUCCCACCGGAGCCACUGUUUACUCUGUCCUGUUGGACCAUUCCUAUUUCCGUAAUUCUAGCCCCGAAACAUAACUGAUAUAUAAGAAUAUCGUGUAGUUAAGCAGUAUAACAUAUUAGAAAGUUUAACGGCUCAGUCGUGUUUAACAGAGUUGUAAGUUGUUACAAGUCAACUACAAGUUAAGUCACGAAUCUGAAGUCCAUCAAAGGCUCGUCAAAAGUCAGUCACAGGGCUGUGAUGAUUAUCACGUCCAUCACAGAUCAUUCCCAACUGCAUCCCCAGUGUAUCACAAGUCUAGAACAAGAAAAUCACAGACUAGUUGCAAGUCCAUCACAGAUCAGUCACUACUGCAUCCCCAGUGUAUCACAAGUCUAGAACAAGACAAUCACAGACUAGUCGCAAGUGCAUCACAGAUCAGUCACUAUUGUAUCCCUAGUGUAUCCAAAGUCCAUUACCAGAUAAUCAUUAGCCAAUCGCAAACCAGUCACAGGUCACUCACAAGAUCUACCAGCUUGUGGCAAAUUUAGCUGGAUUGAGGAAGGUAUUCAAGGCAGAGCCCAGCCACUGUUUCUCUACUUGGGCUUGAUAGCCCUAGACAGAUUACGUCUAAAGAUUUGAGUUUCAUGAAGAUCCCAAGCAAAAUGUCCAGGUUUGGGAAAAAUGCCAUACAGGUUGAAAAGAAUUAAAUCACUGCCCGAAAACGCACAUCAAGUUAAAAUUCGGCAAGGACAAGAAAUGGGCAUUUCUUUAUGAUUCUUAAUAGAAACGGUAGUUGAUGUCACAAUGGCACAGACAUGGCAUCUUUUAGCUUUUUGUGUUCAAAAUGGGAGCAAUGGUACAUGAUUCAUGGAAUGGGAAACGGAAUAAACACAAUAAGACAUGACUCUUUAUGUCAUUGUAAUCUGGUUUUUUUUAAUGUAACAAAAUCAUAAUUGCUUGUGUUGAUAUGAUUGUAAAUGUUUUUCAGAAAUAAAGCUUGUUAUUGUGACAAGUUUAUGAACUUGCAA